AUGUCUGAGCCAGCAAACGUUCCCGCCGACGUGUUUGCCAACGUGGGUACCAAUCCCAAAGUGGUAGCCGCCGUCAACAAGGUGAAGGCCGAACCCAUUGGGAAAGGUGAUCCCUUGAAGGUGGUUGCCAAAGACGGUGUCCUGCAGUGGACACUUAAGACGAACUACCGAGGCUCUGCCCAGACCUCCGACGUGGGCGCCGCCAACUACUCCGGCACGGGGUCCACCGCCGAGUUUGCACCCACGACUGGCAGUUUCACGUUGGUCCUCACCACAACUGAGGCGGAGCUCACCCUAAAGGGUGACGAUGGAAAGCAGACGGUGUACAAGGGCGAGGGUGUCUCGGUGGACCUGUCCAACACUUACUAUGGGAGGUGGGCCUACCUUGGUUGA